AUGCCGGAAACCAUACACGAGAUUACCGAUGAUACCACCAAUGAAGCCACAGAUGAGACCAAAGAUGAUACCACAGAUGAGACCAAAGAUGAUACCACCGAUGAUACCGAAGAUCAUAACGCCGAUGAGACCACCGCUGGAACUACCGAUGGAAACACCGAUAGAAUGGCUAUAUCCUUCACUAUCCAUAUCGUCUUCCACAUCCGUAUCUUCUUCACUAUCCGUAUAUCCUUCACUAUCCGUAUCGUCUUCCACAUCCGUAUCUCCUUCAGUAACUGUAACGCUUACAGUAGCCGCUCCGUUAUUAUUCGCACCCCCCCCCAUACGCUCGAGGAUACAGUCCACACGAUCCAUGACACGCUCAACUUGGUUCACGAUACGAACUGCAUAGUUGUUACUAGCGGUAACUCCGUUACGACCGUUGCCUGA